UCCGCGCCUGGAGGUCGGCGCCUGGAGGUCGGCGCCCGGAGGCGGUCUUAGCAAACAUGAUCGCGCCCCGGUUUGUGGUGGGAAUGCUGUUGCCCUUAAUCCUGCGGGCUUGCGCCAGGGCAGCUGCUGAUUUUCGAUUUGCUUCGUACAUCCAUAAUUACAUGGUGCUACAGAAGGAGCCUGCAGGGGCAGUGAUUUGGGGCUAUGGCAUAUCUGGAGCCACAGUGACAGUGACUCUUUGUCAAGAUCAGGAAAUCAUCAUGAAGAAAGUGACUCCUGUCAAAGCACACUCUGACACCUGGUUGGUGGUCCUGGAUCCUUUGAAGCCUGGUGGCCCUUAUGAAGUCGUGGCACAGCAGACUUUGGGGAGAAGGAACUUAACCCUCCGAGUUCAUGAUGUCUUAUUUGGAGACGUCUGGCUUUGCAGCGGGCAAAGUAACAUGCAGAUGACGGUCUCACAGAUAUUUAAUGCUACAAGGGAGCUGUUGGACACUGCUGCCUACCAGUCUGUCCGCAUCUUCUCCGUGUCUCUGGCUCAGGCAGAGCAGGAGCUGGAGGAUCUGGCUGUGGUUGACUUGGAGUGGUCGAAGCCCACCUCAGAAAACUUAGGCCAUGGAAGCUUUAAGUACAUGUCAGCAGUGUGCUGGCUCUUUGGGCGCUACCUGUAUGACACUCUGCGGUAUCCCAUUGGGCUGAUCUCCUCCUCGUGGGGUGGGACACCCAUUGAGGCCUGGUCAUCUGGAAGGUCCCUGAAAGCCUGCGGGGUCCCUCAGCAAGGGUUCAUUCCAGCUGAUUCUGUGACUGGUCCCAGUGAACACUCUGUUCUGUGGAAUGCCAUGAUCCAUCCACUAUGUAAUAUGACUCUGAAAGGCGUCAUAUGGUACCAGGGGGAGGCCAAUGUAAACUUUGACAGAGACCUGUACAAUUGCACGUUCCCUGCACUCAUUGAAGACUGGCGCCAAACCUUCCACCGCGGCUCUCAGGGGCAGACGGAGCGCCUCUUCCCGUUCGGCUUUGUUCAGUUGUCUUCUGUUUUGCCUGGUGCAACCUCGGAUGAUGGUUUUCCCCAGAUCCGUUGGCAUCAAACAGCAGACUUUGGCUAUGUCCCCAACCUAAGGAUGCCCAACACUUUCAUGGCAGUAGCGAUGGACCUCGGUGACAGGAAUUCGCCCUUCGGCAGCAUCCACCCUCGAGAUAAGCAGACUGUGGCCUACCGGCUGCACUUGGGGGCCCGUGCUGUGGCCUACGGUGAGAAACAGCUGACCUUUCAGGGGCCACUGCCUGAGAAGACAGAGCUCUUGGCUGACAAGGGACUGCUUAACCUCACAUACUCCCAGCAGAUCCUGGUGCAGAGGCAGGAUGACAAGAUAUUUGAGAUCUUAUGUUGUGGUGACCAGCAGUGCAAGUGGCUUCCAGCUCCCAUGAACACUUUCUCCACCCAGAGCCUGGCUCUGAGUAUCAGUUCUUGUUACGGCACUCUGGCUGCUCUCCGCUAUGCCUGGACCACGUGGCCUUGUGAAUAUAAGCUGUGUCCCCUGUACCACCCCAGCAGUACCCUGCCAGCUCCUCCCUUCACUGCUCUCAUUGCAAACCAGAUGCCUGGGUAUCACAGCAAGGCUGCUAAGGGGUGAUGCAGUAUGACCGUAUCUUAGACCUAAGUAUGGAUCCCUUAGAUUUGGGCAUUUAGGAAUUUAAAUGAUGACAACUUGCUGUAAGAGGAAAUUAACAAAAAAUCCUUUGUUGGACAGUUCCCAGCUAGCAUGUGGCUGUUUCUAUAUUCUGAGAUGAGCCAGGGCUGGUAGACAAUGAAACGCCUGCCUUUUGUCCUUUAGUUCAGGGGUCCCCAACCUCUGGGCCUCAGACCAGUACCAGCCGGGCCUGUUAGGAACUGGGCUGCACAGCAGAACUUGAAUGAUCCCGAAACCAUCCCCCUUUCCUCUGUGAUCCAUGGAAAAAAUGUUUUCCUCAAAAUUGGUCCCUGGGUCCCUGGCACCAAGAAGGUUGGAGACCACUGCUCUGGUUAGGCUGGUGUCUGUACUGGACUCAUGCUAGACUGCAAAUUGGACCUCAGUGUCAUUCGCUUCCUCAUAAUUGGGGUGAAACGCCUGGCUGGCCUACAUGGCCUUGUGAGUUCUUCCAACCCUUGUUUCCACAGGUCCAGGUGUAGGGAGACAGAGAUGUUGCACUCUAAGCCACAAACAGUUCUGUUCUUCCAGUCUGUACAGUGAUAAUGUGAAUGUUGACAGCCGCAAAGCAGAACCAUGUGUACGCAUCCGGGGAGGGGCUGAGGGCCAGCCUUAGGAAUAAACAGAAAAGGUGAGGUGGUAGCAAAGACGACACUCGGGCUGACAGGAACAGGUCUGGGGGAUCACAAGCUUGGAAAAAGUGUGACACUGGAAGUCACUGACAGGCAAACAGGUCAUUAGAAUUAAAUAUAAAUCCCAGGCUCUUUAAAGGUAAGAGUUUUAACUAUAAAAAGGAUAAUCCAGAUAAAAGAAAAAAGUGAGGUUGAAAGUAAAGCUACAAGAUAAGCAUUCAGAAAAAGAAUCCUUAUGGGACAAAUGUGCAAGAGUGCUUUUGUGUGUACUAGUAGGAAUCAUAAUGUUGUUUAUUGGUUGAUUAAAAACAGCUAACAGCACUUGGUAACUGUGUUGUCUAUCAGAAGUUAGAAUAAAAGCAUACAGUCAUGUGUCGCUUGACAGGGACACUAAGAA